UUUGUUGCUUUUUCAACAUUUUUUUUGUUUUCUGUCUUGAUUCUGUCUUGACUUUGUUACUACGUGGGGAAGUGCUAAACUAAGGGCCCUCUAUGGACAAAAGUAAACCUACUGAUGAGAAGGAAAAAAAAAUAAGUGCCUUUAGAAGAAGAUUUACUUUAAGCCCUUCUACUGUAUACGCUACAACUUCCUUUAAGGAAUUACAAGAUAAAGGUUAUUGGCGCAAAGUUGAAGAAUAUCAAGAACGUUUGAAAAAUUUAAAGUUCUCAAGAAAUAUCUUAUUGAAAAAUGAAAAUAAAACGAAAGAGGAAGAGAUGGAGUGUGCUGUUCUAGCAGAUGAGAUACAAGUCGUAGAAGAAAAGUUAAAUGGAUUAAAUACUCAAAGGCAAAUAGGAGGAGCACUUUUUGCUUUGUACUUGGCUGGUUGUGACGGUUUUCUCAUAAAAAAUGCUUAUAAGCAUGGUCGUGUGACCAUGCUGGGGGAAAAGACAAGCAAAUGCAAGGAGGUAUAUCUACUCUUCUGCGAUAAAACUUAUCGAGGCCUUUACGUGUUCGACAACGUUCACACUAAACUCAAUGAAGCAGAAUAUGGAAACAAUUUAAAGCCGCUGCACAUGAUAAGCCUUAACGGCAGCAUUUUAAGGAUUAACGGAAGCAGAGAGUUCUCCAUUUCUGUGCGUAUACCUGUAAACAAGAAUAUAUACGGUGAUGAGAUAUACUGGGCAAACCCCAGCAAGCGCUCUAUGAAAACACUUAGUUUUCUUACCGAUACUAAAGAGGAAGCCGAUGCUUGGGUCCACUGUCUUCAAGCGAAUAUUCUCUCCGGAAAUGCUUCUCAGGAGCUUCUACGAGUUGUGCAGGACUUUAAAAUAACAGUCAAGUCAGCAGUCUUUUUGGUUGAAAAGCCUCCACAGGAUGCGUAUGUAAGGAUUCUGUUAGGCAGCGAGUGGCAGGGACAGACGCCCAUUGUUCGGUCCGAAAAGGGCUCACUCGACUGGAUGUAUACGCUUUACUUCGAGAAUAUAUCCUCCAGCAUCGAUGGCGUCACUUUUGAACUUGUAGCCACAAAACCCAAAAGACAGCAGCUUGGUUCUGUGUUUGUGUCUGCCUCUUCGUUGAUGAAAAUGGGCUUCUCUGCUUCGAAGCUGGGCGAGUGGCUCCAUUUGUAUGACGUCAACAGCAAGGUUCCUGAAAAAAUAGGAAAAAUUCUGGUGGAAAUCUUUUUUCAUUACCAGAAAAUUCGCCCAUUAGCUGAAUAUCAGGCGUGUUUCCACAUAGUUUUUGUCAGUCUCUUUUUGCCACAUGGGCUUAUCAGGCUUCUGUCGGACCUCACCGGCUUUAUGGAAGUUCUUGACACUCUGGAACUUUCUGAUAAAAAUAUGGUUGGCCUAAGCCUACUACGCUUUGCGUUUUCUGAAAGGGAACAUGUGAGGUACAUGAAAACUUUGGCCCUUGUCGAAAUUAGUAAGGAAACUUCGACCAAUGUCUUGUUUAGGAGCAACAGCACUUUUUCUAAGUCCAUGGACUUUUUAAUAAAUUUCCUCGGCAAUCGUUACUUGAAGGAAACCAUUGGAGAGAUCGUCACCGAGAUUGUACAAGAAAAAUGGAACAUCGAGAUUGACCCGCUGGUCGUCACAGAUAAGAAGACCUUCACCAGAAAGUGGGAGAUGCUUAAGGAUCUAGCAAAGAAGCUUCUAGAUAGAAUCCUUUCUUCUGCCGAAGCCAUUCCUGUGGAAAUUCGAUGUAUUUUAAAAACCAUCAAGUAUAAGACGCAGUCCCACUUUGAACGUGAAAGAGAUUCGGUGGUAGAUUUUGAUGCGACGGUUUUAAUAUCCGUUUCCUCUUUUUUAUUCUUGCGCUUCUUUGCUGCUGCUCUGCUUUCGCCUAUGUUAGAACCUUUUAACUUAACGGAUGCUGUACCUUCCAAAGAGGCUAAGAGAACACUGACGCUUAUAAGUAAGUUAUGUCAAAAGUUGUCGAACCUUUUAGAAUUUUCUGAAAGUGACACCCAAAUGGCUCCCAUAAACAGUUUUCUACACGAGCAAUUUUACUUUGACAAGAUGCGAGUCUUUCUGCACAAAGCUUCAGAAGUCCCUACUAAAUUAAUAUACCAUCACGAUUUUAUCUGUGAUGUUGAUGUCGCUCGAAUAUGUGAAAAAGUCGAAAAAAUUUUCCCUCAACUUCGUCAAAACUUCUAAAAACAUUCCGCUUAAAUAUAUUCCUUUGAAAUCGAGUUCUAGUUUGUGUGUUCCGCUGAUACCAUUGCGUCCACCGGCAUCGCUAGGCUGCCCAGCGGGGAUAUGGAAGGUUGCAAUAAAAACAGCUUACAGUUACGUUAAUAAAAGUGCCUAAGAAUA